AUCAAAGACCACUUCAGUUCUCUCAGAAGCUCGACACGUCCAACGCUUUAUGCUAGGAAGGUGCUACAUCCCCAGGCAUGGUUGAUUUUGAUGCAUAUAUCCUCAGUGGAGAAGAGGCCUUUGACCUGCUGGAGAACAUUAGCUUCUCCUCCGACUACUACAAUGGGAGUGACACCUGCUGUUCAGUGCCGCCCUGCACCUCCAAGAGUAUCCAGGCCUUUGACAGGGUCUUCCUGCCAGUUUUCUACAGCCUGCUCUUCCCACUAGGGCUGUGCGGGAACUGCAUGGUGAUGGCUGUGCUGCUGCAGUGCAAGAGGUCCCUGGCUGGGACUGACGUCUUCAUCCUCAACCUGGCGCUCGCUGAUGUGCUGCUGGUAGUGACACUCCCUUUCUGGGCAGUGCAGGCUGUGAAUGGCUGGGUUUUCGGCACUGGCACCUGCAAGCUGGUUGGCUCCAUCUUCAAGAUCAAUUUCUACUCCAGCAUCUUCUUCCUGGUGUGCAUCAGCUUUGACCGGUACCUCUCCAUCGUCCAUGCUGUGCAUAUGUACAAGAGGAACAAGUCACAUCUGAUGGUGGCCAGCUGCCUGGUGGUGUGGGGCAUCUGUGUCCUCUUGACAAUGCCGGAUUUCCUAUACCUAGAAGUCAAGCAGGACUAUCGCCUCAACAUCACUUUGUGCUCCCACAACUUCUCCUCCAACACCUCCCUACGCUGGAAAACAAGCCUGCGCAUCUGCUACCACAUGCUGGGUUUCUUCCUGCCCCUGGUAGCCAUGCUGUAUUGCUACACCUGCAUUGUCCGCACUCUGCUGCGCUCCCAUGGCUUCCACAAGCACAAGGCCAUGCGGGUCAUCCUCAUAGUGGUGGCUGUUUUCUUCCUGUGCUGGACACCCUACCACCUGGCCCUGGUAGCAAACACCCUGAUUGACUUGCAGGUGGUGGGGCGGGACUGUGACAGGGAGGCCGUGCUGGACAUCAUCUUGUCUAUCACUGCCAGCCUGGGCUACUUCCACUGCUGCCUCAACCCCUUGCUCUAUGCAUUUGUUGGCAUCAAAUUCCGCAACAAAUUCCUGGAGUUGCUGGGCCACAUAGGCUGCGUGAGCCACGACUUCCUGCACAGACACGUCCAGACACCGAGCCAGCGCAAGGACUCCACCUGGUCAGAGACCACCGAAGCCUCCUACUCAGGGCUUUAG